AGUACAAUCAUGUAGCUCCGUGAUCAGACAUUUGCCCUGGUAGCGCAGAAUUACUCUCGUAAUCGCCGGACGGAAACACAAGAUGUUUUUGCAGAGAGAUUUUCGUUCGAACCCAGCUGUUUGAGGUGCAAAAGGGCGUGCAACGUGAGCGGAUAACGGGGCCAGUUCAUACUUUGCAGCAGGUCUGUGUUCCUCUCCUGAGCUGGUGAAGAGGAGCGACAAACUGCCGGCCGAGGAGGGAUUUAACCGCGAGCUUCGUCCGCCAUGGGGAAUACAACCUCUUGCUGCGUGUCUUCGAGCCCCAAGCAACGGAGGAACAACCACUCCCGGCUGGAGCCCUACCGGCCGGAGCCGGAGCUGAGCCGGGAGGACACGGGCUGCAACCUCCAGCACAUCAGCGACAGGGAGAACCUCGAUGACCUGCCAAUGGAGUACAAUCCCUCAGACCAUCCCAGAGCGAGCACCAUCUUCCUCAGCAAGUCUCAAACUGACGUACCUGUGCCCAACAAGAGAGUUCGAGAAAAAAGGAAAAGUCUCUACAUCAACCAUUUUACGCAUAUUUCGGAAUGCAAGCAGCAUCAUCCUGGCCCCGUGAGGCGCAAGUAUAGUUCAUGUUCCACCAUCUUCCUGGAUGACAGCACAGUCAGUCAGCCAAACCUCAAAUAUACCAUCAAAUGUGUGGCCCUAGCAAUAUUCUAUCACAUAAAGAACAGAGAAGUCGAUGGGAGAAUGGUGUUAGAUAUAUUUGAUGAGAAGCUGCAUCCACUCUCCAAGUCGGAGAUCCCGUCCGAUUACGACAAGCACGACCCGGAGCAGAAGCAGAUCUACCGCUUUGUCAGGACGCUGUUCAGCGCCGCCCAGCUCACUGCAGAGUGUGCUAUUGUCACAUUGGUUUACUUGGAGCGCUUGCUGACCUACGCUGAGAUCGACAUCUGCCCCGCCAACUGGAAGCGCAUUGUGUUGGGUGCAAUCCUCCUGGCGUCCAAGGUGUGGGACGACCAGGCUGUUUGGAACGUCGACUACUGCCAAAUUCUCAAGGACAUCACCGUGGAGGACAUGAACGAACUGGAGCGGCAGUUUCUGGAGCUGCUGCAGUUCAACAUCAACGUGCCGUCCAGCGUCUACGCCAAGUAUUACUUCGACCUCCGCUCCCUGGCCGAGUCCAACAACCUCAGCCUUCCCCUGGAGCCCCUCGGCAGAGAAAAGGCUCAGAAGCUGGAGGCCAUCUCCCGCUUGUGUAACGACAGAUACAAAGACGUGAGGAAGCUGGCGAAGAAGAGGUCGCAGAGCGCCGACAACCUGGCCGUGGUGCGGUGGUGCCCCGCCAUCGUUUCCUAACACCAGCCGGCGGCACGGGAAAGUAACGCACUCGGGAGUGUUUUCCUGUCUGAGUCGACAUCUGGACGGCGGUUCUCUGGACCUAGCUGUUGUACAUAGACGGAGCGGCGCUGCCUGCCUGCACAGAACCAAACUUUCUGACAGAGAGAACCUGAGCGAGACAUGAGACACAGCUUGUGUAGCAGCAUUGGUCGGGAAGUCAUCAUUCUCCAUUCUGACAGCUGACGUGUUCGCAAAGGAAGGACUGCUCUUCGUAUUUCCGACAGAAUGCUCGACAUCUUCACUCUCAUAGCUGUCAAAGCAAUAUCCUGGACUCUUCGCCAGACGUGAGACUAACUGUAGAACUUCACUGCCAUCGCCCAGACCUGUGGUGCCUGCGAGUAAACCGCGACGGAGGGAAAAGUUAAAUAACCCGCAGUAUUUUUCAUGUUUAACUAUUCCAUUUGAUGGCACUACAGGAGAGAAAGCUUCUGCUGUUUCACGAAUGACUGUUACAUGACUCUAAUGCAGAUCGAUUGUAAACAUUUUUAUAACGUCGUCGGUAGAAGCUUGUAAUGUAAAAAUCAGAAAGAAUGAUGUCAGAAUAUAUAUAUUUGGUAUUGCUACUGUAAACCUGGAGAUAUUCGUUCUGAUGACAAAUCAUGUGAUCAAAAGUAUUUAAAUGGGAGACACCACUCUUUUAUUUUUUGCAUACAAAAGGCCACUUUUUUUGUUUGGUUUGAAGUCAUUUUGUGAAACGCAGAUCAUAACUGGAGACACCAGUAAACUGUGAUGACAUUUUUACAACCUUUUUUGUGUGCAUGUCUCAUUUUUGGAUUCAUCCGCAACAUCUUCUCUAGUCGUUCUUUGAGGCGUAAAUCACAUCAUUAUUUCAAUUUUUUAUUUUUCAUUUUUUGUUUCUAUUCCCUGUUUUCAGCAGAGGACAGUGAGGUAGAGGUGGCUGUGGUCAGCCCUGAUGAGGAAGUCCAAGCAGAAUGAAAAGGCAAAAUGAACAUAAACAUAUUACAGUGAGAAAUGAGUCUGGUGAAAUAAAGUUUUAGUCUUUUGGAUUAAUGAACUCACAUAUGCUGAGAGAAGGGGGGAAAAAAGGUAGCUACAUUUUUAAAUCGUCUGUUGCUACCUCACAGAUGUCAAUUGUUUUCAACUUUAUGAGAGAUCAACACAGUCAUUUAUCAGUGACUCGGCGUAGAGAUGCUGCUUUCCCACUUUGUUGCUUUAUGCAGGAAGAAUGCUCAACAUAUCAGAAGAUUGAAGGGGAAAAGAAGAAAAACAUUGGGAAUUGUUUCCGAUAUUGAUACCACAGAAACACAAAAAGUGAUAUUUUGCCGAUAUUCCAGAAGCAUAUUUUCUUUUUAAAACCCGUAACCCGUACUUUGGCCAAGGCUAGUGAUCGGGUGAUGAGGCUUCAUGAAACAGUUCCCUCGGUUUCAGAACUCAGUAGGUGGCGCUCUCAGUCUAAAAAUAAUGAAAGGCCUCAUGGAAAUGAUUGUUCAAAUCCAAACAUUUUAGAGCAGAGAGUGUCAUCGAUUGGGCUCUGAAAAUGAGGACACUGUUUCAUGAAGCUUGAGAAUCCCAUACUACUUCACCUUAGACGGAGAUCAGAGUCGGAACAAGACUUGAGGGCUCGAGACCGGACCAUACUGAAUACAGAAGCAUCAAGCCUAUUAGUCAUAUAGACACCACACAUUUAUUUUUCACUUCAAAUGCUAGUAAUUAUUCAAAAUAGAUCGAUAGCCUCAACAGUAUCUUUGGAACAAACUAGCAGAUGUUUCUGUGUUCAGUUUGAUCUUGGUCUGGGUCUUGACUUCAGCAUGAGGAUGAGGAGAUUGUCGCGCAAGUGUAGUCUCAGUCCAGAGAUGUUGUGAUACUGUGAUACGAAAGUGAUGUCGCUUAGUAACGGUUGUUGAAAGAGAACCCCAGAAGUCAUCUCAAUUUUAUGUUCUUUUUUUAAUGAGCUUUUACGCUGCAUGACUUUGAAAACAUCCCCAGGGCCUCAACUGUCAUAAAUUCUCAUGCACAUGUUCAUGAAUUGGUCUCAUUUUGCUUCCUGCAUUUUAACUUCUCUCUCACGAAAACCAAAGACAGUCGAAAGACGAAAAAGGAAGAUAACAAACAAACUUUGGCUUUAUUUCUUUUUACAUUUUCAAAAAUAUGACGCAUUUUGUUGAGCCAAUAAUUCAACAUUGGUGAAUGGAAACGGAGUGGUUGGGUUAUGGUGGUGUCAACCCGUUUGGAGUCUAAAUGUGAAAUUACUAGAGCUGGCGGUUGUAUUUUAUAUUUAUUGUGUGUUUGUUGGUAUUUGUGCUGAAAAGUCUGAAGGUUUACAAUUUAAAAUAUGUGUGUCAGUUGCACACUGGUGUGCUGCACACCUCCCUCAAACACUCCGCAGCAAUGUUUUUUUUUAAAUAUAAUUUAUCCACUUUGAUCAUUUUCCAGUCAUGGUUUCUUCACUGACACAUUUGUUUCUCUUCGCCAGAUUCACCACCACACGUUUUUAACUUCUAAAACGUUCCCAGUAUUUAGCACUACGUUCAUGAUAACUUGUGCAAGAAUAAAAAGUCAAAACUUCACUACAAAUGUUUUCUGUUUUC